UGACAUCAGGCUCGUGCUUGGAAUUAAGAAUACUUAAUUACCACUAAAGUCCGGGUGGAUUGAGCGUCAGGACAGUCUGCAGCGCUGACAGCCGGGCAGUUAGUGUGGACAUCUAUUCGAAGAAAAAGCUAUAUUACCGGCAGCAGCAGUAGCAGCAAAUCUUAGGAAGCUCAACAAUAUGGAAGGUAUAAAAAAGAAAAUGGCCAGCCUCCGGGCCGAGGCGGAUUAUGCUGACGACAGAAGGACCGAAGCCGAGGAAAAAUUACGGGAGGCAAAUGCAAAAUUAGAACAGAUGAAACUUGAUAAAAGGGAAGUAACUCGCCUGCGAAGCGAAUUAGAAGCUGCCACGGAUCGUCGUCAAGAUGCUGAAGAAAAAUUGAGACAGAAUAAGUCUCUUCUCGAGGAGAUGCAGACCCAGCUAGAGAAUGCUGAUCGACACAAAGAACGUAUAGAGAAUCAGUCAUCUGAAUUAAACGACUCUCUUGAAGAUUCAAACCGAGAGAAAAUUCGGCUGACACAGGAGCUGGAGAGAGCAACCGAAGAGCUGGAAAAGUUGAGGAGAGAUCUCCUGCGAUCUGAGGAAGAAAAGGAACGAAUCAGUUCCGACUUGGACAAAGCAAAGUACGAGAAUACCAAAAUGAAACAGGAAAUGGAUGCGGCAGCGAAUGAAAUGAUUAGCAAUUAUUAAACGCGGACCGAGAGGAAAAUAUGCCAGCAGAACAGAUUUGAGCUCUACAAUGGCCUAAAAAUUUACAAUCAAAGGGUAUCAAUGUUUUAUUUUAUCUAGAACAUGGCCGUGGAAAAAUACUGAAGGAUAUGCAUCACAUUUCUUUCGUCCAGCCUUCUAAACCACAAAUUUGAGUUUUAUAUUCACUUUUCAAUCAGGAAUUCAGAAGACUUGGUUAAUGUUGCAUGGCUGGCGAAUUUCAGAAUCAUGCAUGUUAAUUACUUGCCAGUGCAAGAGAUCACCGAUCAUGUCGUGUGAAAGAGGACGAAGUGUUGUCACGUUGCUUAAUUUGCUGAUGCAAUCGUAUUGAGCGUUUGAAAAUUAUCGGUGUUUUGAUUGGCUUAAAUUAAUAUCUGUAGAGAAACCAAAGAAUUUAGAUGCCAUUGAUAAAAGACUUUUCUCUGGUUAUUUGGCAGUUGGAUCUCGGAAUAAGACAGUAAAAUCAUUGCCAUAAGUGUUUUUUUUCAUUUAUAAGUUUUCAAAAACAAUCAGCAUGUUCGCUUUUGUUUUU